UCGUUAGAAAGCGAGAAAGUCUCGAUUCUCGGGUGUUGUUUCGCCCCAGUCAGCUCGAUAUCGCGCAGCACGACACUUUGCCGUAGUUCGUGGAAUCGUGGAUCGAUCCGCGUGUCUGGUGCAAAAAUCGGUCCCGUGUGAGCGCGCCCCCGCGCCUCCGCACGACGGAUUGGUCACGACGUUCGAUAGUGUUUUCUUCACUCGCGGGUCACCAAUUUCCAGGGAAUUGGUGCAAGAUCCUGCUGAUUGCAAAGUUUUAUACCUUCCACUUGCCAAUGGGGCAACGUCAGGAAGCAGUGUGCUAGUGUUUUUUUUCGUGCCGUAGUUGGCAUUGGGUCGAGAAAAAGUAACGCGUCAGAAAAGGCCCGUGAAAAAGUGUGUUAGUGGAUUUGUGCAACCUUUUGUAGCUUGUCUGGUGAAAGCGCCUAAGGCCAAUUUCGAUAGCGUGGCAUAAGUGUCGUUUCUUCCAUCGGUUGUCCACUCGUCUCCCGGUGCUGUGUUGGUGGGCCCAAGACUUCCAGGUGCUUAGUGGGAGCGGCCCGAACGGCAGAAAAACACGUGGAAAAAAAUCGUCACACACAUCCGAAGAAGGUUGAUUGGAAAAUCGGAUCCCGGUGUGGUGCAUACAAUGGUCAACAUCAACAGAGGUCCGGCUGGCCACAGUAACGACAACAGCGCAAGCAACGGCACCGACGGUGGCAGUGGUGGAAGCUCGGACAGCCAGAAGUAUCCGCCAGCGUUUCCACCGCACUAUCUGCACGAACUGCCCCAGGCGGACGAGGAGCGGCUCGAGAAAAUCUUCAACAAGCUCGAUCGCGACGGCAACGGUCGAAUCGACAUCCACGAUCUUUCGUCGGCACUGAAGGAGUUCGGCCUAUCGCACCAGUACGCCGAGGAAUAUGGUCACUCGUUGUUCUUUCAGCGCUUCCUGAAGCAGUCGGACCAGACGCAAAGCGGCGAUGUCGGGCUGGCGGAGUUCAUACACUACGUGCGAGAGCACGAAAAAAAUCUACGCUUACAGUUUACACACCUGGACAAAAACCGAGACGGCAAGGUCGACCUGGAGGAGCUGAUAACGGCCUUCAAGGAGCUCGGCAUCGACAUGGACCGGCACGAGGCAGCCAAGCUACUUAAACGAAUGGAUAAAGAUGGCAGUCUGAACAUCAGCUUCGAUGAGUGGAGAGACUUUCUGCUGCUGGCUCCAUCAUCCGACAUACACGAACUGGUGAAAUACUGGCGGCAUUCGACUUAUUUGGAUAUCGGUGAGGAUCUGAACGUACCUGAUGACUUCACGCAAAGCGAAAUGCAAACCGGCAUGUGGUGGCGCCACCUGGCGGCCGGUGGAAUUGCUGGUGCAGUGUCACGCACAUGCACGGCCCCCUUGGAUCGGUUGAAGGUUUUCCUGCAGGUGCAAUCGACCAAACAGCGAAUCUCAGAUUGUCUUCAGUACAUGCUGAAGGAGGGCGGAGUGCGGAGCCUCUGGCGGGGCAAUCUGAUCAAUGUGCUGAAGAUCGCGCCGGAGAGCGCGAUCAAGUUUGCCGCCUACGAGCAGGUGAAGCGGCUGAUCCGCGGCAACGACAAGCGCCAGAUGACGAUCUACGAGCGGUUCGUGGCGGGCGCUUGUGCCGGCGGCGUCAGCCAGACGGCGAUCUACCCGAUGGAAGUAUUAAAAACCCGACUAGCGUUAAGGAAGACGGGCGAGUACAGCAGCAUUCUCGAUGCGGCCGCGAAAAUCUACAGCCGGGAGGGCCUGCGCUCGUUCUAUCGCGGCUACAUUCCAAACAUGCUCGGCAUCAUCCCGUACGCCGGUAUCGACCUGGCGGUGUACGAGACGCUGAAGAAGAAGUACCUCAGCCACCACGAGACGGAGCAGCCGAGCUUCUGGGUGCUGCUGGCGUGCGGCAGUGCGUCCAGUACGCUCGGCCAGGUGUGUUCCUACCCGCUGGCAUUGGUGCGGACGCGAUUACAGGCACAAGCGGUUACAAUUGGCCCCAAUCCGGACGGCAGUGUCACGGUGGAACCCAACAUGACCAAUGUAUUUAAGCGAAUAAUACAGACGGAGGGUCCGCUCGGUCUCUACCGCGGUAUUACGCCGAACUUCAUCAAAGUAUUACCGGCCGUCUCGAUCAGCUACGUCGUGUACGAGUAUACGAGCCGUGCCCUCGGCGUAAACAUGACGUGAUCUGUUUCAGCAGUGCAGCAACACCAGCAGCAGCAGCAGCAGCAGCAGCAGCAACGGCAGCAACGGUCGUCACCCACUUGCCCUUCGCCGGCUCCAUCUGCUACAAUAUUACACACCUAAGCUAAUGAGCACACACUCACACACAUACAUUCACACACGCGCCAAGACACCAAGACCUGGAAUGGUCGUACCGGUAUUUCGUCGAGAUAUAUGGCUCAGUUUUUCCAACCUGCUCCCCAAACGCUAACGAAAAGUUGCGGAAGUUUGCGGGAAAAGCGAUCUUUCGUGAAUAACAAGACGAUCAAUCUCAACAUACCGAUCAAGUGUGUGUGUGUGCGUGUGCGUGUGUGUGUGUUUGAGAAGCGCCUUCAUCUUCGUUCCUGUUGCAACAAUCUACUCUUCAAGCGCUUCCUCGUUUCGUUGCCGUUGCUGAACAUCCUUUUGAGAAGGUUGCCGAUAUUUCAAUCGCCUUUCGCCACGACAAAAAAUGGACAGAAGGGGAGCUAGAGCGAGAGAGAGAGGGAGAGAUAGAGAGGCUAUGGAAAAGAAAAGGAAUGUGAGGAAUGCAGCCGAUGGUCCCAACCGAGGAGGUUUGAGGAAAUCGGAAAAACUGCUUAGAAAUGUUGAAGCGCAUAGGUUGUGGAGCGGGCAGGCAGGGAGAGUGGUUGAGAAGGAUAGAAAACAAACCAGCUAGAUGCGAAUGAUGCAGUUCGUUAACUUAUUUCUGUAAUUUUAUUAGAAUCAUUCUUUUUGUAAUUUUAAGUUUAGUUUUUUCAAUUCUUUACACCACAUCAUUCGCCGGCAACAUCCCGUCCGUGUGAGUGAGAGACACGUGUGUAGGAAAAAA